AUGGAAUUGUUAUCUCAAUCAUCAUCCGAGAUCGAGCAAUCGUCUAUUCACAUCACGCCGUCGAACGCUGGCUAUUCAACACCACCUCGAACAGCGACCUAUGAUCGAGGUGUAUCAGCUAGUCCUUGUCUUUCUCAACUUUUUCAUCAACCCAAACUUUUAACAAGCGCUGAACUUAAACGACGCUUUCCACCGAUUCAUAUCGCGAACAAGAAACGUCGAUACCAUCUUAUUCGAAAAAUUGAUUGUCUCGUACCAUUAGAACGAAAUCUUAAUGUGCCUGAAAUCCUACCAGACUUAUUCGAUAGUCACACUUGCGAAUUAUCUCCAACGUAUCCUAGUAUACACGAUGAUUGUAUGGUUCCAUUAUCUUCAUCAAUGGCAUCACCAUCAUUGUCAUCGUUCAAAAUCGUUCAUCCACGUCCAAAUUUCAAUUACUUAAUAGCGAAUUGUUUUAAAACAGAGCAAGAGAACUCAUUUUCGAUCUCGGAAACGAUGAUGAAACAAAAAUUCAAGUUUUUAUUGCAAAAAAACUAA